AUGCUGACUGGCGGAGAGUCUCCCUCCUCUUCGCUCGAGUCGAAGGACGUCGUCGCCGAUGGAGUCCUUGUCACCAUUGCCCCCCGCGUCUCCGAGGAGACCGCAGUGAUUGCGUCAAACCAGGACCAGCGGAAGCAUGGCGGUGCCUCAACGCUCCUUGGGCGCACCGGUCCUGGUGUGAGAAUAGUUCGGAUCAUUUUGCUCGCGGCGGGACUGGUCGCUCUCGCCCUCGCGCUCUGGAAGACCGCAGCCGUUGCUCCGUCGUUAAUUCAGGGCAACGGGCUGCCACUCGGACUCGCCCAAACCGGAGCUUACUUCAUCGCCUACUUGUGUGAAGCCGUCCUCAUUGUUGCGGUGACCCCAUUCGUGGCGGCGAAGGAGGCUGUGGGGUUUGCUGCUGUCAAGCUCUGGCAGGUGGCAACCGCUUACUUCUCAUUCGCUUGGGAUGUCAUCGCCGCAGUCUUCUCAUUCGCUUGGGAUCUCAUCGCCGCAGUCUUCACCCUCCUUUCGGACGCCGCCGCCACAGUCUUCUCCUUCACUGAAGAAUUUAUCCUCGUCCCCAUGGCCCACUUCCUCCAGCCAGGCGCACAGAUUGUCCGGGACAAGGCGGUGACGGUCGCGGAGACUGUCAAGGACGUGGCUGUCUGGCCGUACGAGAACGUCGUGCAGCCUGCCGGAGAGGCGGUUGUAGGCUGCGUGCAGGACGUGUUUUCCUGGUCGUACCAGCGUGUCUUGCAGCCCAUCGGACAUGCGAUUGGCGCCACCGCGACAUUCGUGAUGGAUGCCGUCAUUGCCCCGUCACUCAAUGCCUUGGCGUGGGCCGUCGCGAAAAUGUGGCAAGGAUUGUUUUGGAUCGGCGACGCGAUCCUCGAGGGCAUCUCCCGCAUU